CGACAUGCGAGUAGCCUCCCCACCCCAUCAUUCUCAGAGAUCUUUCUUGACCAUCGAUUAUCUUCGUAACAUGUUGAUUGCCAUGGAUCAUUUGAAGGAACUAGUGCCGCCUUCUUCAAGCAUGUGCAUUAACACUUCCUCACAAGGUUCCGGCGCUGCGGGCAAUAUCGCCUCACUGCUUUCAGCGUCUUCCUAUCUGUCACCUGAUCAACUAGCUCGAAAUACACCUCACAGCAACAGGCAAUCGCCCGUCUAUGGCGGAAAUGGCAGGCUAGUAGCAGAGAGUGUUGCAAACGUGGAAAUGGGUGAUGGAAUGGUCGUACCUGCAUUAUCUAAGACGACAUCUCAGAGAACCAGCCAACAUCGGCGCCGUGACUCGGUUACAGCGGUGGUACUAUCUCCCAGAAAGCGUGGUAGACCACAAAAAACGGAAGUUCGUCCAACGCAUGACGACCGGGAAGAGCGACGCCGAUUGCAAAUCCGACAAGCGCAACGGGCCUAUCGGUCACGGAAGGAAGAGGCCCUGGCGAAAUAUGAAGCCCGGAUCGCCCAGUUGGAGGGAGUAUUGAGCAAAAUGAGCUCAGCUAUUCUUUCGUUUAGUGAGCACGUUGCGCAUACAGGAGCGCUCACCUCGAACCCCGAUCUUCAGUCCCAUUUGCGGGCCACUAUAGAGACAUGCAGGUCUUGUACUGCCGUGCUGGAUCAGGCUGACGACGAAGGCACAAUGUCCCCUAACUGUACACCAAGUGCGGACCAGUCACCAUUCGUGCUGAGAGAGAAACCAGCUGGGGAGCAAUCUUCACUAGUGACCUUCCAGUCAACAGUACCUUCGUCACUGAGCGUCUCUUCGAAUCUAGUAGGGAGACUCAACGGCUUCCCAAUGCCUCUGAGCCCCGGCUCUCCGCUUUUAUUUGACACCGCAACCGUCACAGUCGUAGAUGUAACACUCUUCACCCGGCAGCUCCGCGUGGCAUGUGCAUAUCAUGCGUAUUAUUCGCUGCGCGAUACCUCAUUCAAGCUCGCCGAUUUGCAGAGGAAGUUUCGCUUCCUUCUCAGCAUGUUGAAUCGGGAGCGCCUCACUUCUUAUUUUGAGGCUGCGGUACAGGCCCCUGUACAUCCCUCCCGCCUUGCCGAGUGGCAAGACAUCCCGUUCUUUAGUGUAGGUGGUGCAGGAACUCACUACCCCCGUGCUUUGUCGCCGAAUUCAAUCGUCGGUCACCCUUCUCCUAGAUUUGAAAGUCGGAGUCCAAUGCAACAGGAACCGUUAGCCGCAUUCUCGCCGGACGUCCAUAAAGAAAUGAGUGGCGUUUGGUUCAAUAUCCAUGAUCUUGAGGGUUUCCUUCAGGAGAAAGAGGUGCAUUUGCUCACAUCACCUCCAUCAGGUCCUCGACAGAGUUUACUGCAAAAGACAGCGAUUAAGACGUCAUGUCUAAUUAGGAUACUGGUUAGCACAUGUAUUUGUCUCGGUCGCUCGCCUGGAUGGCGAAGGCUUGAUGUGGAGAGGGCACUUAGCAUGGCGGCGUGGACGUGAAGGAGAAUUGGCCUCAACGAUCAUACAAAGGGACCACUACAAGAGAUCACUGGAGGUGAUAACGAUUGCUUCCCUCUGUAGGCCCUUAGAUUCGAG